AUGCCGGCCGACCCCUCGGCACCCUCGGCCGCCUCACCGCCACCACCGCCUCGCAGAACCAGCUUCAUGGUGCUUCCCCCCGAGGUGCGUCUCCAAAUCUACGGCUACCUCCUACGCCUCCCACCCCUCACCGCCACCACCACCACCAACAUCGACGAGCCCCGCGUCUCCGCCGGCAUCCUGCGCACCAGCCAGCAGAUCCACGCCGAGGCCGCGGCCGUGCUAUACGGCGACAACGUUUUCCUCGCACAUCCCUCGCUGCUUGCCGACUUUCCGCGUCUGCGCCGCUGGUACACGCCCGUCUGCGCCGCCGCGCCGCUGCCGCGCAUCCGCCGCUUCCACCUGACGCUGCGCCUCGAUUGCGACCCCGGGUUUGACCGUCGCCGCGCCGCCGCCGCGUUUGCCGGCGCCGAGGAGCUGCACAUCCGCGUCGUCCAGACCUUCUUCCUCAGCGCCGGCAAGGAGAACCUGGCCACGCUCGAGGACGUGCGUGGCGUGCGGGGGCUCACGAUUUGCGGGAGCACCACGGGCUUCGAAAAGUACGUCGAGUGGCUAGCGCGCUUGAUGCGGAGCCCACCGGGCACCAAGGCGAUGCCUUUCGCGGAGUCAGAGGAAGAACACGGUGAUGCUGGUCGGGUGAUUAUGGCGAGGUGA